UAAAUCAAAUUCGGAAUGUUUUUCACAGGAGAGUCUCCGGUGUAUAUAAGAACGGCCAAUCGACUCGAUUUCCAGCAUCCAGCAUCCGUCUGUCCAGCGAGAAACAAGUCUCUUUUCUUACAUCCACCAUUCAACAAGAUGAAAUUGGCAUUGAUUUUUCUGGUGUCGGCUCUCGUCGUCGUGUCCCAGCAGCAAUUCCUGCGGGCCAGGCCCAGAGGAUUGGUCUGGUGGUCGCCGAUGGAUAAUUACCAUCAGCUGUCACAUCCGUACGACGAUUUCCAACCGGAAGAAAUUCCGGCCAGCAAACCUUCGUACGCAUUCCGUCGCCAGCAGUUUAGACCGUCCAGACCCGUCGUCUAUGUGCCACAGAAUGAGGAAGUCAACGGCCAGGCCGAUUUCGUUCCUGCGGAUGAAAAUGAACAUGUCGAGUAUCCAGACACCCAGUCGAGGAUCAGCGCUAUCAAGGCCUUCAAGAAUGGCGGCCGAUUCUUCUACAGCAGCACAGUCAACAAUCCCUUCUUCAAAACAGCCACCUUCACUCUGACGUCGACCGUGACCACUCUGGCCUCCAUCGUCCUUUGCGUCCCGUCCAAUAAUUUAGUGGCCGUCCCGUCGCCAACCUGCGCCGGCCGCAAGAAACGCGAAAUCGAAGAUUCGGAAGACAAUCAGUUCCCCAUCAUCGCUCCAUCGGAAACGCUCAAAUUGGUGCCGACGGCUCUUCCAUCGUUGGAUGGGGUCCGAGAAGCCCGUCAAGCGCCAUCAGUCCAGCAGAGUCUGGACAAUUUGAUUUCCUCCAAAGAUGUUGCUGGUGCUGGCCCAGUCGCAUCACUGGCCGAGAAAGACCAAGCCAACAGAGACAAGCGCUUCUUUGGCGGUGGUAUUGUGGCGUCCACCACGGUGACAUCCUAUUCGUUUAUCGGGGCGACUGUCACCAGUACGGUGAUCCUGGACCCGACGGGAGCAAACGUGGCUCCGUGCUUACCGGCCGGCUACGUCGUCUGCGCAUAAAUUUUAAGAAAAAAAAGGCCUAUUAUGAUUAUGAAUGAUCUGGUUAGAUUUCUAUCGAUCACAUGACAGUUCGGGUUCGAAAGCUGCGAGUAAUUGAUGUGCCAACUGGCAAAGAAUUUGUUUUGCUGAUUCGUUUAAACUUAAUUUUGAUUCUUGUGUUGUUAUGUUAUUCAAUAAUUCGGUGAUUGUAAUAUGUGGGGAACUUUAAUCGUGUCGGCUCAAAUAGAAUUUUAGAAGCAUCA